GGGGUCUGCAACCUGUGGCUCCAGACCCCUGAUCUAAGGGUUAAAUGGAAGAACUUGAUCUUUAUUUUAGCUUCAUCUGUUUUAAAUUUAAAUAAAACUUUUCUGAGCCACAAGAAGGAAGGAUGUUGGUUAAAAUCCUGCUAUGUUUAUGUAAUUUCUCAUUUUAAUGUAACAAAUUUUAGCAUAAAUUUAAAAAAGUUAUCUUUAGAGGUUUCAUUUUGGCACAUUUAAUUUAAGCUAAAGCCUGGUUACGUUUUGCACGAAGUUCAGCCCCUUUGUGGUUGAUCUACAUCAGAAUGUUUGGCGCCGACCUCCUGACAGUCUACUUCCCGUGCAGCCGUCAGUCGCUCUGCAGAGGCAUGGCAGUGAGCAGAAAAGACAGCUUCCUGUGGGGGAAAGCUAAGAUGAAAGGUGAGAGGAGGACAGGUGACAACAGGGACGAGCUGCCGGACGACAGACGGAGGUCGGAGGUCGAUCGCUGCAAGCCUGACCUUCACAUGUCCGAGCACAGGAAAAGUGUUGUGAAGAACAGGAAGUUUCUUCGUGGGAAAAAGAAAUUUAACAUGGACCCUAAAAUGGGCAUCAAGUACCUAGUGGAACACGACCUUCUGGAAUGGCGAGCCGAUUCAGUGGCGGAGUUUCUCUACAAGCAGGAGGGGCUCAAUAAGACGGCCAUCGGCAACUUUUUGGGAGAAAGGGACAAAAUGCAUCUGGACACCUUGAAAGCUUUUGUAGCUCUGCACGAGUUCUACGACCUGAAUCUGGUGCAGGCCCUGAGGCAAUUUCUGUGGAGUUUUCGCCUCCCAGGAGAAGCUCAGAAGAUUGACAGGAUGAUGGAGGCGUUCGCAACUCGCUACUGCGACUGCAACCCGUCUGUCUUCCAGUCUACAGACACCUGCUACAUCCUGUCUUUUGCCAUCAUCAUGCUCAACACGAGUCUCCACAACCCCAACGUGAAAGACAAGCCCAGCCUGCAGCGCUUCGUCUCCAUGAACAGAGGCAUCAACAACGGCGAGGACCUGCCCAGCGAGCUGCUCACGAAACUUUACAACAGCAUCCGCAAUGAGCCGUUUAAAAUCCCAGAGGAUGAUGGGAACGACCUGACGCUGACGUUUUUCAACCCGGACCGGGAGGGCUGGCUCAUGAAAAUGGGCGGACGCAUCAAAACCUGGAAGAGACGGUGGUUCAUCCUGACAGACAGCUGCCUGUACUACUUUGAAUUCACCACGGAUAAGGAUCCCAUCGGGAUUAUUCCUCUGGAAAACCUCUGCGUCAGGAAGGUCCAAGACUCCAGCAAACUGUUCUGUCUGGAGUUAUACAACCCAAAAGGACAGAAGAUCAAGGCCUGCAAGACGGAGAACAAGGGCAAAGUGGUUCAGGGGAAACACCAGUCCUAUAAGCUCAGAGCAGCCAGCGAAGAAGAGCGGGACGACUGGAUGGACGCCAUCAGAGCGAGCAUCACCAAAGAUCCUUUCUAUGACCUGGUAACGGUCCGAAAGAGGAAGGUCAUCGGCAACACCGUGUAGGACGCCAUCAGCACCCAGACAAAAAGAUUCAAACGCCGAUAAGAGUUCUCAGAAAAGCACGAAAUGGGAAGUGACAUUUGCAGCGUGAGAGAGGAAACGAGAAGUAAUGGAUGAAUGCAGCAAUUUUCCCUUCUUCAAGCUUCGCUGAUCCGAUGGUCGACGCUGACAAACAUCUGCAGAACUUUGACGCUUUCGUCGGAAUCAAACACAGAAGUAAACCCUUCUCAGCCUCAACAUGAAGAAACAGUGAAAAGUAUCUGCAUGCAUUAAGCAGCAUCCAUUUUCAGCUUCUCUCCAGUUUAGUUUUGUACAUUUCUAUUAAGCUCCAGCCAGUAGUGGAGUUUUUCAAGCACUUUAACGUUUUUUAACUGUAUAUAAAAAAUAUAAUUGUUUUGUUUUGAAGUUUUUUAGUCACGAUGUUAUCCAAAAACAUUCAAAGUUGAGUUAAAUAAAAUGUGAACCAGGCUUAAUCAAUAUUUGGGUUUUCAUACACGGAAUCUGCAUGUUUAGGAGGAAAUAGACAUAAAUGAUCAGAAAAAUGAGACACAUUAUUGUGAUCAAAUAAAUUAACUUUACAAUGCUGCUCGGAGCUUUAAUUUGACACUCCUAAAGUUAAUUUAUAUCCUAGAUAAAUAUAUUGUGCGCAUUGCUCACAGGUGCUACCCACCCCCGCUAAUCGAUGCCCCCUUUGACCCGCCCCUAUUGGCUGAGCGGCUGCUACACAUUCCUCCCCUCCCCCUUGCCAUCCACUCAAAGCUACAUAACAUAUUCACACUAAAAAACCCUUUUUUUAAAAUGGAGGCUUUUCUGUAGGUUUUAUCCCCAUAGCAACCAUUGUACGUUUUGAUCCCUCGGAGAAGCCAAAAAGAUCGAUGCAACUUUUAGAAGAAUCUGCAAAAAUAGGAUUUGGGAUUUUCCUUAGCAACUGAGGUUUUUUGCUAGUCACACCCACAUUUCUAAUACAGUCAUGUCAUAUGUAAUGUUGUUUUUUUCAGCUUGAGCAAACGACUCAUCUAUCAAAUUUUCAUAAUAUUCCGAUGAAAUGUGUGACCAACAUGGAAUCGCCACUUUUGCUAGCUCGCCAUGCUAACACCGUUCGAAAUCUACAACCUUUUUUUCCAACAUUCUUUUGUAAAUAGGCUCCCAAUGAUGCCCGAUGAGGAAGAAGGUUAUAGAUCAAAAUUCCAAGAAGGAGUUUAAAUUUGUAAAAAGUAUUUAAAUUACUGGCUAAGCGGCUGUUACAAAUCCUUUCCCCUCCCCCUCUACUCCUGCCACCUGGUCAAAGCUAAAAUAUUCACAAUAAAAAAAAACUUUUUUUCAAAAUGGCCCUUUUCUGUUGGUCUUAUCCCCAUAGCAACCAUUGCAUGUUUUGAUCAUCUGGAGAUGCUGAACCCGAUCUAUGUAACUUUUAGAAGGAUCAGCAAAAGUAAGAUUUUGGAUUUUCCUUAGCAACAGUGGUUCUUUGUUAGCCACGCCAACACUCCUAAUAAAACCAUUUCAUAUGUGAUAUUGUUUUGCUCAGCUUGAGCAAACGACUCCUCUAUCAAAUUUUCGCACAAUUCUGAUGAAAAACGUGCAACCACCAUGGAAACGCCACUUUUGGAAGCUCGCCAUGAUAACACCAUUCAAAUCUACUAACUUUAUUUCCAACAUUUUUUCUAAAUAGAAUCCUGAUGAUGCUUGAGGAGUAAGAAAGUUAUAGAUCAAAAUUCCAAGGAGUCUAAAAGUACUUAAAUUACUGGCUGAGCAGCUGCUACACAUCCCCCCCUCCCCCUCUACCCGUGCCACCUGUUCAAAGCUAACAUGCUCACAAAAAGACUCACUUUUUUUAAAAUGGUGGCCUUUUUGUUGGUCUUAUCUCCAUAGCAACCGUUGGAUGUUUUGAUCACCUGGAGAUCCCAAACAGAUCUAUGUAACUUUUAGAAGAAUCUGCAAAAGUAGGAUUUUGGAUUUUCCUUAGAUAGCGACAGUGUUUUUUUUUUUUUUGUUUGCCAUGCCCACAUUCCUAAUACAGCCAUAUCAUAUUUAAUAUUGUUUUCUUCAGCUUGAGCCAACGAUUCAUGUAACUAAUUUUACAAUAUUUUGGUGAAAAAUGUGCAACCGACAUAGAAACGCCACUUUUGCGAGCUCGCCAUGACAGAGUGACAGAGUUCAUCGAACAAACUAGACAACAGAUCACCAGAUACACAAAUCUGGGUUUACAGUAACAUAAACAUUGAACUUCAAUGAGCUUGCACCAUUUUACACAGGUAAUUUCUGAUCUGAUUAAAAGAAAUGAGUUAUAAUUUUGUCUAAAUAAAAUGGAUAAUAAAGUUUGGAGCAUGAAAUGUAAUUUAUCUUAAAUAUUUUAACUUGUUUAGUGUAUUUUAUUUAUCAAUAGUUGUUUAUAUUUGUAUAUCAUUGUCGUGUUUGAAGCUGACCAAUAAAUGACUUUUAUACGAA